AUGUUUGAUAAAGAUAAAUACCUUGGAGACUCAAAAAAGUCUCUAAAUUUGUCAACUCCAAGAAGAAACCUACAACAAUACAAGUCUGUAGUCAACAGACAAAGGACGCUACAAUUUCAAAACAUGAAGUCACCAGCUCGAUUACAUGAUAGACAGAAUAGACACUACAAGGGAACAAAAAGGAUUCGAAAUGCUUUGCCUCCGUAUCGAGGAAUAGAUGCAUCUAAUAUACAUGUUGAAAGCAUCAGAGCUGUGAAAUGGGUAGAAUCGCUGAUUAGUAGAGGUAAAAAUAUUCUAACGAAUAUAAAUGAGGAUGAAUUGGUUUUCCAAAAUGAUCUAAAAGAAAAAUGGAAAUUUAGACAGAAUUUAGAAGAUAAGAAUGAAUCAUCUGCAGAUUCCUUAGGUUCUACCUUGAAUGGACGGGCCUUUAUAUCAGAUACCUCUUUUAUGAAUUAUGAAGAAUCAGUAACUGAUAGUAUUAAUGUAUCUAACUCUGAUGGUGACGAAAUACAGUCUGAUGAAAAUGAUUUAUUCAACGAAGAAAAUAGUGAAAGCAAAGAAAUCGAUGAUGAUGAUGAGGACGUUGUUGUAAUACUUUCAGAUGGGAUUGAAGAUGAAGAAGUAGAAAGUAAUAAUGAAGAUUUACAAGAGUCAAACGUAUCACAAGAUGGGAUCGAAAGUGAGGAACUGAUAGAGGAAUUUGAAGAUAAUAGUAGUAGUGUAGAGAAUUACGAUUUGCAUAUUGAGCAAGAAGUUGAAGAUGAAGAAAUAGAUGAAAAGUUGCAUGAUGAAAUGGAAUCAUAUAGUGAUGAGCUCGUGCAGUCUAUGGAUUACAAAUACAUGCAGGCCCCAUCAUUCAAUAUUCAAGGAGAUAUCCAAGAUUCUGAAGAAAUUGAAAUACAAGAUUUAGAAGAUGACGAAGAUCGUGAACACAAUGACGAUUUUAAUGCUAUAUAUAAUAAUGAAGAAGUUAACGGCAAUGACAAUGAAAUAUAUCAAGAAAAUGAAUCCGAUGACAUCGAAUCUGACAAUAUUGAUUCUGUUGAUAAGUUGCCUAAUAAGUUGGAUCAUGUAGCUUGGGAAACACAGAGCUCAGCAGAUGAUGCUUCAUCUACGAUAUCCGACAACAUUAAGAACGAUUAUGAAAUAGCCGAUGAUAUUGGCAAUAUUAUAUCAAUGGAUGAGACUUUUCAGGUUAGUAAUAAUCGUAUUAAUGAAGGUGAUAAAUCUGAAGAAAAUAGUAUAAUUGGGAAUGAUAUAGAAAACGAAUAUGAUCAACUCGAAAUCGAUGUAGCAGAAAACGUAUUUGAUAAAUUUAAUGAAAUAGAAACGGUGUCUCCUAAGGAUAGUGAAAAAUUAAAUGAAGAUAAUGAACAGUUCAAUCUGCCUUCAGAUUUUUUUGAUUUGCAAUCGAUAGCAAACAGGGCAAUAAGUCAGGUACUGAAUGAACAACAUUCUGAUGAAGGUUCUAAUGAGGAUGUUGUUACAUAUGAUGGUAAUAAUGAAUUAAAUUCGGAAUAUGAACAAAUGGAUAUUGAAGUUCAUGAAGAAAAUAUUCCUGAAGCUACAGAUGCAGUUAGUAUAGAAAAUGGUGAAGAAAUUAGUAGUGUGAUUAAUGUUAGAAGUUCUCAGAAAUUACAAGUUGAAAAGGUUUCAGAAAGUGAAACUGGGACGACAUCUGUUGAUUAUAACCGUCAAAAUGAAACAUUUGAAUUUUCAUUAUAUGAAACUGCAAAUAGUACGAAGAUUGAUGUUAGCAAUGAUAUCAAUACUGACGUUUCCAAAACCGUUGGUAAUGAAAAUUUGGAGAUGCAUUCUACAGAGACUUCUCGUAUAGAUAUUGAACUGGUUGAUUACAAUAAAGAAGAAUCGCCUUCUGCUGAUAUUGAGGAUUCUGUUUAUUAUUCUCUAGAUGAAAUGAAUCAUUUAACCAAUCCAGAUGGGGGGAGCAUAACAAAUAGAGUUACAGAACGCUCCUCCACAUAUGAAAUUGUUUUUUCAGGUUCUGUCUACAGUUCUUCGUCAUUUGAAGAUAAUAGAGAGGUGAUAGAGUCUAAUACGGAAUAUAUUUCACCUUUUAGUGUGAAUCCAUUUACCGGGAAUUCUGAUGAUAAAAAAGAAAACGAUAUAUUACAAGAAACUUUGAAAAAAAUCGUCAAAAUUGAAGUAGAAUCUAAUAACGAUUACUCAGAACAUAUUAAUAGUACUACUGAAACAAUAACAGGAGACGCGUUUCAUGAUACAACUGCUACUGUACGGGUUGUUGAAGAAAAUGAUGAAAUCAAGGCUCAAUUUACCACAGAGAAUGGCAUUUCCGAAAUUGAACUGAAUAAUGAAAUUCCAAAAUAUGAGAUAAAUCAGCUAAAUACUACUAAUAAUAAUAGUUUCAUAGUCAAUCAAAAUAUUGUAAUUGAAAAUGAAGAAAGUGAGACAGAGGAAGCAGGAUUUGAGACAGCUAUUUCUAUAAAGGAUGAAAUUCUGACAAAUUCUAAUAAGCUAAUCUUAACGACAGACACUUCUCUAGUUGAAAAGGAUUGUUUAAGAAAUUUUAAAAUAGAUAAGAAAUUAGAGUAUCAUCAAGAUAUUACAGAUAUUCAAGCAGGGGACGAUAUUUCUCGGUUUUCGUUUGAUCAGUUAGAAGAUGACUCAAGGUAUCGCACUGCUAUUCAAAACAGCAAUGUUGAAUCAGAAAUUGAGAAGCAAGAAGAAUUGAAUAGUUCGUAUGUUCAAAAUGAUAAAUUAUCGGAUGACAAAACAGAUGGCGAUUCGAAAUACGACAUAACUAAAAUGGCUAAUUCUUCUAUUGAAUUUGAAAACUUGGAAGGAAACAGUGAUAAUAUUGCACCAAUAAUUCAAAAAUCAAUAAUAAACGAUGCUGCAAUCAAUGAAACAAAUUAUACUGAAAUCUCACAAAACCCAAAUGAUGAUCAUGCUCUAGAUAAAUUUGAAUCAAACGAAGUCGUAAAUGAAGAUUUAGGUGAUAAAAUUGAAAACUAUGAGGUACAUACAGGAACUCCUGUAAAGGGUUAUAAAUCAUCACUCGAUUAUCAAGCAAAAAACUCUAUCGAUAAAAGUAUUAUUAUUCAUGGUGAAAAUAAUAGAGUGCAACAUCAAGAAAAUGUAUCAGAAAAUCCUUUGAAAAAAAGUGUUGAAGCUAAUAAUGAUAUAGUUGAAGAGCAGGAAAUGGUCGAAGAACAGGAAAUGGUCGAAGAACAGGAAAUGGUCGAAGAACAGGAAAUGGUCGAAGAACAGGAAGUAGUCGAAGAACAGGAAAUGGUCGAAGAACAGGAAAUGGUCGAAGAACAGGAAGUAGUCGAAGAACAGGAAAUGGUCGAAGAACAGGAAAUGGUCGAAGAGCAAGAAGUAGUCGAAGAGCAAGAAGUAAUCGAAGAACAAGAAGUAAUCGAAGAACAAGUAAUGAUCGAAGAAAUAAAUUACAAAACUCAAACUUUCACUAAAAUUCAUUAUGAUGAUAUUUUAAUGGAAGAAAUUGUGACAGAUUCUGAAAAUAUCGAUAAAAUUGAGGUCCUAAUAAAUCCUAUCGUUGAGGUUGUGGAUAGCAUUCAGUACAAAUUUGAAACGGUUGAUGUAGAAUUGUGUGACAUGUCUGAUUUAGAUUCAGGAAGCACGAUAUCUGAGGUCCCUGUAUUAAAUGAUUAUGAGGUAUUAGAAAGGGAUUCGGAGUUAGUUGAUGAUUUUACAAAAGUAAAUACAAAUGGUGAUUAUGAAAAUAUUGGAAAUUCAGCAGAUUUCCGCUCAUCAUACGAAAUUCCUACUGGACACCCUUCGAAUUCAAAUUCACAAAGUUUUGAAAUUAACGAAAGAAAUAUAGACAUAAAAAUUUCAGAAAACGAAAUAGAGAAAAAAGAAAAUGAUCAUGAAAGUAAUCCUUCUGUUACAAAAAGAUUGAUCUCAUUACCUAUAAGAGCGAUGUCAUCAAUAGUCAGAGGAAUCAAAGAUGUGGUAAAUGCAGUUCCAUCAUUUGUUAAAGAAAUCGAUCCUUUUGAAACAGUAGAUGACAGUUCAACCCUCUCCACACCUACAGAGGGAGCAAUAGAAACGAAAGAAGAAAUGGAAGAUGUUGAAGAUGUUGAAGAUGUUGAGGAGCACACUCUUCAAACCAUCAUAGUAACUGAUGCAGCCCCAGAUAUUGAAGAAGAAAUACUUUUAGGGGAAGAAUAUGUUAUAUCAGAAAGUGAGGUUAAUAUAAUGGUGUCAUUAGAUAUAGAUAAUGGCCUGUCUUCUGAUGAUUAUAAUAAUGAAUUGGAUGAUACUGAAAAGAGUAACAUCCUUUCCGAAAUUCAGAUAUUAAACGAACUUGCAGAAAAGAUUAACAGAGAUGGAUUACUGAAUGAAGAUUAUGAUGACAUUGAUAAUGAUUUUGAACAAGUGCUAAAAGGAAAAAUUGACGAAGUUCAUGAGACUCAAGAAUACGCAGAUGAAAACAUAAUGGAAAAUGAUGGAUCAACCACUGAACUCAAUAACUUCGAGAGAAAAGAUUAUAUGCCUGAAUCUGAAGAGGUUAUCGAUACUGGAAUCAUUUCAAAUCCUGAAUCUAUGGAAGAUAUAGAGGAUGGGUCUAGAAAUAAUGAUAAACUAGAUGCAGGGAAAGAAGAAAUCAAUUAUUCUGAAAGUGAUGCAGCUGAAAAAAUCAAUAAAAUCCUUGUCAAGGUGGAUGAGAAUACUGUAAAUGAUGAGCCAGUACCUAUUAACAUUUAUAAGGGUUCUUCUGACUUGGACAUUUCAUUGAAGGAAUCAAUUGAAGUCGAUAAAGAAUCUGUACCUAGAAAUCCAGAUCAAACUUUAGUAAAAUCUGAAAAUCCUGAAGAAAACCUGAAAGUACCAAGUUCAGAUCCAAAUCAUAAUGAGAGUAAUAAAAUCAGUGCUGUUAAACCUACAAAGAAAAGAGGAAGGCCUUCUCUAAAAAGUGGCAAAAAUUCUAGAGGUAAUAAGCGUAAGAACACAGAACCUGAACCUACUGACAACUUAAAGAGAUCAAAAAGAGGAAGGAAAAAGAAUAGAAAAGGAAAUUCCAAGUGGAAUUCAAGGACUCAAAAAAAGGAUAACAAAUGA